CCUGUCGGCGACGAUAACAUCACGAACGCCGGUGCGGUCGGCGGCCGAUCCCUAUUGGCCACAGCGGCGGCCAUACACUCGGCCAGCGGUGGCGCCGGCGGUGCGACCGGAGUCAGUGCCGGACACACCGGCGCUCGCAAUGUGGCCAUUGAAGGCGGUGUCGGCGCCCGAGUCAUGAGAAACGCCAACGACUGGAAGUGGGCUAAACAGGACGGAGGCGAAGGCCAUUUGGGAACCGUUCGCAACUUCGAGUCGGCCGAAGAGGUGGUGGUCGUGUGGGACAACGGAACCGCUGCCAACUAUCGGUGUUUGGGUGCCUAUGAUUUGCGGAUUGUGGACAGCGCUUCCACCGGUGUCAAACACGAGGGAGCGAUGUGUGACUUCUGUAAACAGUCGCCAAUCUUCGGCAUACGCUGGAAGUGUGCCGAAUGUAUUAACUACGACCUGUGCUCUCUGUGCUACCAC